AUGUCUUUCAUUUCCCUCUCCCAGGAUCCUUUUGCGUGGCACGACAGCUGUCAGCCAUCUGAAUGUCGGGGCGCGUCGGAUCGCUUGGAACCGAUGAACUACGCUGACUGCAGCGGCGGCGGCGGCGGCAUGAUGAGCUGUAUCGGGUGUGGGGCCGGUGGGAACGCAUGCACUAGGGAACAAAUGGCUAUUGAUCGGAACGUGGGGUUUGUGUGUGCCACUGCGGUGGUUCAGAGGUGUACGGCCGCAAGCGAGAGAAGCCUAGCUAUUGGGGCCCAGAGGAAUGAUGGUGGACGGGGCCAGCCGGCGGGUCAGAUGAUGUGCCACGUAACGAGGGGUGUGCUCUUUAGGAGGACAGUCUGGUGGCUUCGGUGCGUUGCUAGAGACUUGAAGUCGAAAGGGAUAUUUGACGGUCUCUUCACUUGUGGAGAUGGGAAGGCCGAAGUCGGUUGUUGGUUGUGUACAGUGCGUUACUAUCCAGUUGUCAGAAUCCAAUAG